AUGGUGAUGCGACCAAGUGCCGUUUACGCCGCCUGCGCGGUUCUCCUCGGAACUAGCGUUGUUUUCGCUCAAAACGGUCAGUUUUCUUCAUGCGGUACAGUAAUCCACUUCUUCGAUUCAUUUUCAGAUUCAUUCGAUCUGGUCGAUGCGAACAAUGAUGGAAAGCUGUCGGAGAAGGAGUUGAUCACUUUUAUGAGGAAGAGAGGAAGGCCCGACGGACAAGGUGAGCUUCAAGAGGAUACAUCUCAGCUACUUGAAAAGAUAUCAAAACGGUGCCAACUGAUAAAGUGUUUACUAGGAAUUUGUGUACAUUUUAUCGAUUGAUCACUCUUUGAUGUCUCUGCAGGUAGCUAAGAUACAUCGAUUUGAGUGUACGGUAUUCUCUCUACUAGAUCUUUGAUGUUCAACGCUUUGUUCGUACCUAACCGCGAAGCUACCAUUGCAAUUAAAUGACUCAUUUCUCAUUCCAUGUCAUCAGAUGAAGUGUGUGAUGUAAUGAAAUGGAAACUUUCACUUGCAGAAUACUUCCACCGCUUCGACCUCGAUCGCAACGGUCACCUGGACAUCUCUGAAUUCGUACCGCUCGUCUACGAGAUGUCGCGCCGUCCGGUCGACCUCGACUACGAAUUCUUCAAGAAAAUGGAUCUGAACGACGACGGGCUCGUCGACAAGGCAGAGGUGGAGAAGAUCCGAAAAGAGAAUAAUGACCGAAUCAUCGACGGGAUUCUCUCGAUUGCCGAUGUGAACAGAGACGGACAGUUGACGUACGCAGAAUUUAAAUCGCAUCUGAGCGGAGGGCAGAAGCCGUUGACUCCGGCCGACGAGCAGAGAAAUCAGGCGAUGCAGCUGCUGUCUUUCAUUGACGCGAACGGCGAUAACCGAUUGGACCAGUUGGAGUUGUACGCCUUCUCGCAGAAGACUGCCACCAACAAGGUAAGCGGGCACUAACUUUUCCUAAGCCAUAACCUGAUCCCAGGUGACCAAAUCGGAUGUCGAGCAGAUCUUCGCGAUGCUCGACAAGAACCUAGACGGAUUCUUGACCGAAACCGAGCUCGUCCACCUCGCGCAGCAGUUCUCGACCAUCGGAAACGUCAGAUCUUCCAUUCCGAAAGUUUGA